CUUGACUGACAACGAGGAAGAAGCCCUUCGUGUGGCACCGGGAUCAGACCUUCAAACGCCGGUGCCCUCUUUUUUUCGUUUAUUUGGAUCGGAAACAUUCGGUGGACUCAUGGCAGCGAAGGGCUUGAGCCUGUGCAAGGUUUGCUGCCUGCUCCUGUACGCCAUCACCGCGGUGUUUGCGGGGAGAGAUUUCUACAAAAUCCUGGGUGUUAGCAAGUCUGCGUCCAUCAGGGACAUUAAAAAGGCGUAUAGGAAGCUGGCGAUGCAGCUCCAUCCUGACAGAAAUCCAGACGAUCCCAAGGCUCAGGACAAAUUUGCAGACUUGGGUGCAGCUUAUGAGGUUCUCUCCGAUGAAGAAAAGAGGAAACAAUAUGAUGCAUACGGAGAAGACGGCCUGAAAGAAGGUCACCACAGCUCACACAAUGAUAUCUUCUCCAGCUUCUUUGGAGACUUCGGCUUCAUGUUUGGUGGAAACCGACAGCAACAGGACCGAAACAUACCCAGAGGAAACGAUAUUGUUCUUGACCUGGAGGUCACACUUGAAGAAGUUUACUCAGGAAACUUUGUAGAGGUGAUACGCAACAAGCCAGUAGCGAAAGAAGCCUCUGGAAAGAGGAAGUGCAACUGCAGACAGGAGAUGAGGACGACGCAGCUCGGACCAGGUCGCUUCCAGAUGACGCAGGAGAUGGUGUGUGACGAAUGUCCCAAUGUGAAGCUGGUGAAUGAAGAGAGGACGCUCGAGGUGGAGAUUGAACAGGGAGUGAGGGAUGAGAUGGAAUAUCCUUUCAUUGGUGAAGGCGAACCGCACAUUGACGGCGAGCCUGGAGAUCUGCGCUUUCGCAUCAAAGUGCUAAAACAUCCAGUGUUUGAGCGUAGAGGAGACGACCUCUACACCAAUGUCACCAUCUCCCUGGUGGAGGCGCUGGUCGGGUUUGAGAUGGACAUUCCACAUCUGGAUGGCCACAAGGUUCACAUUGUGAGAGACAAGAUCACCAAGCCCGGUGCUCGGAUGUGGAAGAAAGGCGAAGGGCUACCUAACUUCGACAACAUCAACAUUCGUGGCUCGCUCAUCAUCACCUUCGACGUGGAGUUUCCUCAGACACAGAUGGACGAGAAACAAAAGGAGGGUAUCCGAAGUCUCCUGAAGCAGGGAUCGAUACAGAAGGUUUACAAUGGACUACAGGGAUACUAACUUGAACCACGUGGACUGGAACAAACUCGCUCACUCAGAGGGACGUCUUUCGCGAGAAGGCGUGCUCAGUAACCGUGGCCAGGUGUAUUUAUUGUUCUGUUCACUGAGGAUGAAUACGGCUUGUUUUUAUUUGCAAUGUUCUGAUAAAUUGUCAAGUCUAAGUCAAAAGCCCUGCAGGAGUUUCUUUCCCUUUCUGUUUAAGACGGUUUUAUUUCUAGGUUCUUGUCUUUGUUUAGAAGAGAAGGACCACAGACACGAGCUCAUCUGACUGUAAAUAGAGAUAAGUGAGCUUCUUUUUUUCCCCGACUCAUUUAAGUUUCCCUACAUUUGACUGAGUGCGAACACGCCUGGCUCACUGUGGUCUGAGUUGUGACUCUCGUGAUACAGACAGCAUCCCAAGUCACUUUUUUUUUUUUGUCUCUCACUGACAAACACUGGACUGAAACCUGAAGAAUGGGUCUGGACCUUUUUUGUUUCCCGGUGGUUUGAUUUUACAGAAGUAGGAUGUGUGGCGUUAUCGGGGGCAGCAAAGCUCCCGCCCCCCUGGUUUUUAGGGAAUGUGAACAAAUUGGCCAUUUUUACUGUUCAAAUAAAGAUUUCUACGGUUUGUGAGUAAAAUGUCAUGCCUUCAUCCAACCGGGAGGUGGCG